GACGACAACAAUUUCCAUUAUUUUCCAUGAGAAUGUCAAAAUCCAAAGUGAAUCAAAAGGGUAUGCCCAGCGGCAGCCGCUCGCGGCAGCCCACAAGCAACAGCUACUACAGCACCUAUUCAAAUCCGAUCUGCCCGAGUCGUUAUGCCGCCAAUCCCCUGGACAAGCCCUAUUAUCACGAGUAUUUGUGGAAGUCCUGCAAGAAGCGCAAGAACCGCGUGGAUGUGGAGGCCGAUUCCAUUGGCGUUGCCGUGGGCAUGGUCUGCUCCGAGUCCAAGAUUGCCGGGCCCAGGAGCUUAGAGGGCAGGCUGCACGAUGAGGUGAAUUCGCGUAACUUUGCCACGUACCUGAAGGCCUUCGCCCUGGUGUAUGUCCUGCCGGAGGUGGAGUGGACCGCGGAGAAGAUCGACAUGCUGCUGCAGGAGGGCACUGACCUGUUCAUGGCCAGCUCCGAGGGCGAUGAUUCAAAGCCGAACAAGGACUCCAAGAGCACGCCACUUCUACGGCCGCAGGUCUACACGAAUGCCGAGGAUCGCAUCAAGCGGAAUUUCACGCUGGAGGGUCACACCUUCACCCUGGCCCUGGAGUCGCGCUAUCUGGGCGAUCCGAAGCAGCCCUUAGAGACGCAGCCGCCUCACAUUAUCAGCAACCUGCGCGAUGUGCUGCAAACCUUCUUCCGCACUGGCCACUACUGCCUGCUGCUGACCAAGAUGGGUCACCUGCUCAUCUGGAAGCGGCGCAAGGUGUUCUUCGUGCUGGAUGUGCAGGGCAGGCGCAAGGACGAUCUGGUUAGCGACAAAGCCAAAGGCGUGGCCAUGCUCGUCUGCCUGCACACCAUCGACAAUGUCUUCUAUCUGGUUAGCCAGCUCAGCGGCAUCUCGCCCACUGAUGACUUCACACUGCGGGAGCUCGUGGUUGUGCGCCUGGUGACGCCCGAUGGCCGCAUCUACCUGAGGGACACUGUCCAGCGGGACGUGGACUUUGAGGUGAUCAACAACAACUACGCCUAUCUGAAGGGGAGUCUCCACUUGUCCCUCAACACGGCCGAUCCGCUGCGCAGUCGCAGCAGCAUCAUGGUGGCGGUGGGCGCCAUUAUGGCCUCGAAGAUCGACCAUCCGGCCACCUGGAACACCAACAUGUUCGAUCGGCUCAUCUGCUACGGCGUCGAGCUCUGUCGCAGCUGCUGGGGUGAUCGCCUGAAGGAUCUGCGGCCCAUCAACCUGGACGAGUUUCCCACCCAGCUGCGCCUGGGCCAGUUUGUGGUGGAGCUGGAGCUGCUGCCCAAUGUACGGUCGGGCAACUGGCGGUGCGUGGUGCGUGUCGCGGGCACAGACUUUGACCAUCACGUCCGCGAGACCCUGAAGGAGUUCGGCAAUGUCAUCUUCCAGAUCAACAGCCAGAUGUACGCCGUGUGGAGCAAGGGCGGCUUCUACUACCUGCUCGAUGCGUACCGCCACUCGAUUGUCGGCACGCACGUGCAGCAGGACAAGGCGCUCGGCGCCAAGUGGUCCACGGUGCGCAUGUUUCGGGAUCCCCUCACCAUGAUCAGUGUGUUCCACCAGCUGCUGAAGGAGUCCAACCGCCAGUCGCCCUACCACAUCCAUGCGUUGCGCAUCAAUAAUCUGGCCGAAUGCCCCAAGGGCUAUGCCCUGGCACCCCUGCCCGAGGGCGUUGACCCCGAGGUGCAGUCUAUAAACGAGACGAUUCGGUUCAAACAGCACGCCACCAGCUCCGGUCACGUGCUGGCCUCGGUAAGUGACUACGAGGAGGAUCUUGUGAGCCAAACUGAGGACAGCUUUGACAUCGAGAACUUCGAACUGUUGGACAAUGUCAAGGAUGAAACGGAACUCAAUUUCGAUGAAGAGGGCGAAGGUGAAGAGGAUACGCAGGAUACCAAGAAAGAUGAAAAGAAGGGAAAACUGAAAGUAUCAGUUUCAGUCAUCGAAGUGCCAUCCAGGUACGAUGGCGGUACGCGGCUAACUUCUGGAAAAUCUGAGAACCCCUCGCCACCAAAGGGCAAACCAUCAAGCAAGGUGAAGGAUCAGAGGCUAACUUCUGGAGAGACCAAAAACUCAUUGGCAGCCAAGGAAAAGCCCUCUCGUGGUCAGCACUCCGUGUUGCCAAAGGAAAGGUCCGGCAGAUCUCAGAGCCCGAGAAAGGAUAAGGGAUUCGAUUCAGUGAGACAGCCAAAAGAGUUGGCGGAAACGAUAAAGAAAGUCAGGGCAAAAACUAAUUCCGAGACAGAGGCCAAGGGGAUGUCGUGUCCCAAUAAACCGCUCAAGGUGGCCCACUUCCAGGCCAAGACGUUCAAGCAAAAGGCGUGCCAGCAAUCCUGCUGGUGCAGCGGUGGGGACGAGAAGUGUCGGGUGCCGACUGAAGCGAGCAGCAGGCAUGAGAUUGAAGCACCAAAAUAUCCGCGCUUUUGUCUCAAGCCCCAUAUGCUGGCCGUGGCUGGGUCGGAGAGCGGUACCAUGGAGAGUAUUAGGCGGCUGCUCAUCUCCUCUUUUCAAGUCGCCAACCGAGUGUUCACCAUGACACCCUGGGGCAACUAUGUGGUCUUCAGGGUGGACAAGAACUCCGAGUCGGGAUCGGGCUUUUAUGUCUUUGACGGCUGCACAUGCAACAUCGAUCGCUUCCGGCACUUGGAUGUGUCGCAUGGCACGGCCGGACUGCUGCCAUUUGGUAGUCUGACGCAAGUGGUUUGCCACAUUAUCGACUCGCGGGAGGUCAAGGCUUUGAAUGCGCUGCGCACUCGUCUGGAAGAGCCCUGCAAGAGAUCCGAGCAUUAAAUGGCGCACAAGAAGUAGGACACUUUGCCAACUGAUAAUUCGGUUUAUAAAUUGUUUUAUAGUGUAAUAAAAAUUUCAAGUGUGUUGUAAAUGUUA